AUGCAGCUCUUCCGGAAGUUCCUGGACCGGCGCUACGAGUCGCUGCGCCAGGCCUUCCGCGCCCUCAGCGCCGCAGGGGGCGCAGGACGCGAUGCGAGGUUCGACCGGACGGACCUCGCCGCCGUGCUCCGCGCGAACUGCGCGGGGGUGAGCGAGGACCAGGUUGACGAGAUCUUCCGUCGAUUCGACUCCAGCGGCAGCGGGGACGUGUCGUACCCCGAGUUCUGCGCGGUCAUGUCCCAGAGCGCCGUCUUCGGGGGGCACCUGGACAGGCAGACCUUCCGGGACCCCCCGCCGCGGGCCGGCGCCGCGGGCCCGGCGGGCGGCUGGGCGCCGGCGGCGCGCGCGGACUUCCGCCCGCCGCGCGGCUUCCAGCCGCCGCCGAGGAGCGCCGCCGUCGGCUUCCAGCCGCCUCCGAGGAGCGCUGCGCCCUUCUGA